UUACCUCUCUCUUUUCCGAAUGCCCAUCACUAGUGCUCUGCCAUCAACGUGCUCUUUUUUCUUUAUAUUACUUUUUAUCAAUGCGCAAGAAAACCAAAUCAAAGGCAAAGGAAAACAAAGACGCGCAGAAUGAGUGAUCUUGAGGAGAUGGACAGCGAACGGCUGAACGAGCUGGAAUCAAUUCUCUAUGCCUCGAUCCACUACAGCGAUGGAACGGGCGAGCAAGGUGCCCUGGAUCAUCCAGCGAUGGAGUCAACUAGCGAGCAGGAUGCCAGAAGUAUGCCACCGCCUUCGCAGCAGCAGCAGCAGCCAAAUCCUGGCCAGCGUUUCGUCAGCGGGACGCGGGUGAUCAACAACAAAAAUGCGGGCCUGAAACUGAAAUCACGCUACUGGACGGAGGGAGGAGGAGGGGAAAGUGAGAGGCAGGGUAAGGGGCAGGUGACGCAGGCGGAGGAGCUGCAGGCGACCACAAACAAAACAAUCCCAGAUGCUGUAGUAUCUUCCUUCUCAUCACCCAAGGAUUUCGAGAAGCCUAAAAACAAAAACCCCUUGCUGACACCCAAAAAGGGAACGCCAAACCAAUCUAAACCAGCAAUUCAGUCACCAAAUCAGCGGCAAAACCAACAGCAUCAAAGUCCACAGACCAAGCCCUUGCCCAAGCAGCAAAAUCAGACACCAAAACUGCCACAAAAUCAGCAGACAAAACUGCCACAAAAUCAGCAGCCGAAACUGCCACAAGAUCCGCAACCAAAACAACAGCAAAAUCAACAGGCAAAACAACAACAAAAUCAGAUACAAAAGCAGCAGCAAAGUCAGAAGCCAAAGCAGCAACCAAAUCAACAGCCGAAGCAGCAGCAAAAUCAGCAGAAGAAGCCGCCAGUGGUACAAAAACCAAAACCGCAGGCAACUUCACCCGCCAAAUCUAACCAGGAAGCCUACGAAGAGGAGCGUUUUGACCAGAGGCUGCUAAUAGCCAUCCCACCAAACUGCCCACCCAAGAAACAGAACAAGCAGCAGCAAAACAAGCAGCAACCGCAAAAUAAACAGCAGCAGAAGAAACAGCAGCAACAGAACAAACAGCAGCAGCAGCAACCAGGACCUGGACCCUUUGGCAAGGCCAAGCGCAAGCUGGAGCAGAUGGAGCGCCUGGCUGCCAAAAAACAGAAAUCCAAACAAGCUCAGUUGAACAAAAAGCAGCGCAAGCAGCAGUCUGCACUGGUGGAGUUUGUGGACCUGGCAGAUAGCAGCCGAUCCUCAGCUGACGACGAUGUGGUGCAUGUGCCACUGUCACCAACUCCCAUCAUCGAACUGGACGAGAGCGAUGGAGAGCAGGCCUGCACGCCAUCUCAGCUGUUUCACGAGGAGAAUGCCAUGGACGCGACGGAUAUGAAAAUGGGAUUGUCUUGCGUUACUGAGCCGGAAGAGGUGGGAGUAGUGACUGGCAACAUCACCCCAUCCAUGCAUUCGCCCUGUUGUUCCGUCAUGUCCAGCGAUGACUUCAUAGUCCAGAAGGACACCAGUCGCCUGUUGGCCGAACGUGAGAAAGCCAGUGAUGAGGAUCUUCUUGUUCUGACAGAGAAUGCUUUAAGGGAAUCCAUUGGCCAUGACAAAGAGGUUGUGGUUGUGGGUGGAACGAACACUUCUCAAAAUCAACAAACAGAUCCUGCGGCUGAUACCUCGUCGGAAUAUGAAUUUGUUCCCCCUUCGCGUCUGGAGCAGAUUAAGCAAAACUAUCGAGUGGAUGAGCAACAAUUCAGAGCUUUAGACGUUUACGAAAGCGAAUCCGAUCUCACCGAGAGUGGCAUUUACUCGAAGGCCAAGUCAAGAGCCACGCCGACGAUCAUACGCAGCGUGGACUCGCCCUCGGGCAGCUCGUCCGUGGAGGAGGUAGUGGAGGCCAGUGUUCAGAAGACAAAGCGUCUGCGCAAGCGCUCCUGUUCAACAAACAAUCACAGCCAGUCGGACGGCAACAACGAGGAUGGGUUAAAUGAUUCAGACAGCGAUGAUGGGGCCCAUUCAACUGGAGUUCCUGGCAUAGCCCGUGGGAUGGCAGUGGAGCGAUGCAAGCGCAAGAUUCGCAGAAUCAGCAUACGGCGAAACUCUGAUGAAAAUCCGAAAAAAGCUGCACGUAUCCAAACACCAAAGUUAUCUACGAGCCAUGAGGCCAGCUCUGAAUCAGCUUCAGAGGAGCAACUGCCAAGUGCCAGGGAGAUAGCCGAGAGAUUGCUAAAUCAGGAGAAAGGUCGGGGAAAAGAACAGGUGCAAGAAGCUAACACUGAUGCCCGCGAUGCUGUCUCCAUUGGCGACGACGCUGACUCACAAGCCGAAGCAGAGUUUCACGAUGCCAUGACGGAUCGUUUGGCGGCGCUGUUUGAGCGCAUAGAUGAACAAGCACGAAAAUCGCAGGAGGAGGAACAAAUGGAUGUCAGCGGCUACCUUUCCGAUGAAGAAGAUUCCCGAGACAAAACUGCAGAUACCACGGUGAGAUCCGAGGAGGAUUUGGAUGCCUCCAACGAGCUUGAGGAGGCCGAUCCAGAGGAGCAUGAUGGGGAUGUCACGAUGGAGGAGCCUGCCGUCCAAGUGGAGCACAAUGUGGCACAUCUAACGGAUGACAGUCUGCCCACGGGCGGUCAACUCAUUGGCUGGAACGAGGAGAUGUGCCGCUUUUACAAUGACAGCUGGAAUGGCGAACACUUCUCUGUUCACAAGCUUCAAAAAAGCAUGAGCGCACAUCGCCAGGAGUGGAGGCUCAACACUGCUGAUAGGUAUCCGGUAGCACGACCCCGUUCGCACGCCAAGUGCACUAAUUGCUUUGAGAUGGGCCACGUAAGAUCCAAGUGCCCACGUCCUCGCAAGCCACUCGUUUGCUUUCUAUGCGGCACUGUGGGUCAUGCCGAACCCCGGUGUCCCAAUGCCAUCUGUUUUGGGUGCGGAUCAAAGCAGGCGAUUUAUGUGCAGCAGUGCAACAAGUGCUCCUUUCACAGCCGCCUGGUCUGCCAGCUGUGCAAGAUGAGAGGCCACGGUACGGAUCACUGCCCGGACAAGUGGCGUCGCUACCACUCUACGACUCGAUCCAACGUAGAGCUGGAUAGCAGGGUGCAGUACAGGAAUAAACAGUGCAGCUACUGCGCCGGACGCCAUCUCUUCGAGAACUGCCGACAACGAAUUGGUGACUUUCGCAGCACCAACUACACCAGCCAAAUUGUGUCGCAUCAGAGGAUCUACAAGAAUCGCGGAGAACCCGUGGGUUAUCUUGGCGAUCUGAGUAGCUUCUUUGCCAUUCAAACUCCAUUCAACUUUAAAUGGAACAGUCCGAAUAUCCCCAAAAAUUGCUACUAUGCUAGAUUCCUUAUCCAUGUGAACUUGGCCAGGACUCAGCCAGUCAAAAGGAAGUCAACCACUGCUCUGACGGAGAUUCCGGCAAAGGUUUAUAGCCAUGACUACGUGCCCAACGCUCAGGUAAGGGCGGCUCGGGGAGAGGUCCCAACUGGAAUGGCUAAGAGAUCGCCUACAAAACAAAAGAAGCAACCUGAUGAGGCAGCAACUGAUGAAGUGCAACCUGAAGUAGAACUGGAAAAGGAGCAGCCGGAAGAAAAGCAACCAGAAGACGAGGAACCAGAAAAGGAACAACCUGAAGAGCAUCAACCUGAAGAGGAACAACAAGAUGAGGAACAACCAGAUGAGGAGCAGCCUGGGGAUGAGCCCGCUGAGGAAGAUCCAUCGGUAUCCAUUCAACGUGAGGAGAUUACCACCAACUUUCAGACUCCACAGAUGGAGACCGCCAAAUCCAAGCCAUCGGUGGCAUCCCAUGAGCUGGACUCUGAUUCGAAUUACAGUUUUUCCGAGCACUUCGAGGUGCCCAGUUCGACAACCACCGAGGAUCAGGAGGAUCAAUCUACCACUCAACUACCUCUCGAUCAUCCCAUGGCCUCUUUGCCCGAUGUCAUACCCCUGAGUGGAAGCCUGGAUGACGAUUUCGAAAUCUCCCCCCAAGGCCAGGGCAUUUCCAUGUGUGUUAACGCCAGCAGUAGCCAAAACACUGCCGAAUUUAUCGAUCCGGACUCCAGUGAAGAGCUGCCAGAUAUCCCAAGCGAGGGCAAGAUCAUUAUGGCGCGCGACCAAUCCGAGUAUCUGUUUAGUCCUGAGGGCCGAAAUUUCCUGGCCGCUGCCGCUAAGCAGUGCCAAGUAAGCGUGCGCAUGGACUUCAAGGACUACGGGUAUGUUCUGGUGAUCUACGGCCUCAAAAGGCACCAGGAGGAGCUGCAAGUGAAACUGCUGCGCCGCAACCAGGAGGUCAAGCGCAAAUCCAUAGAGUUUCAGAGCCAGAAACCCCCAAAACGGAUCGAUGUGCUCAUCCGCUUUAUGCGGGAUGGCAUCAAUAGCCUGAACACCAAUCUGGGUAAUGCUAAGAGCCACUAUAUGCGCAUCAAGGAGCUGGAAGAGUUGAACACCAAGAACGGCUUUAAGAUGGCCGAAAAAAAGCGUCGCCAGUUGAACAUGAUUCUGGUGGGCCAGGCGGGUCUCCUGAAUGGCAAAACCCAUCUCGAUCAGCUUUUGGUCUUGUUGCGUCGCCUUCUUGAUGAGUUCUCGCCGGAUGAUAACGCCACGCCGCAGAUGCGCAGCGAGAUUGAGGAUCAUUGGCGCAUGAUCUUCACUGCGUAUCCGCAUCCCAACUACGACUCCCUGCUCAAUAGUUAUGGUCGUCUGGAUCAGAAGAAUCGCCUGCCCUCGCUUCACCUAGAUCCGGUGCUGCUGGGAUUUCAGCAAAAGAAAACGCAGAGUCAACCGCAAUCGCCGACUAAGCGUGCUCCCUCGCCGACUCCUCCGCCGCCGUCGUGGCAGCAUAUGGCUCCACCUCCACCCCCGAAAAUGCCAAAGAAAAAGCAACAAACGGGUCAGCAGCAAUCGAAUCAGCAGCAGCAACAACAACAGCAGCAGCAGAAACAACAGCAGCAGCGGCAGCAAAAUCAACAGCAACGUCUGCAACAGGAACAGCAACAUCAACAACAACGUAUGCAACAGCAGCAGCAACGCCAGCAACAACAGCAGCAACGCCUGCAACAGCAGCAACAACAACAGCAGCAAUAUCAUCAACAAUAUCAACAGCAAAACAAUCAGCAACUUCAGAAGGAACAGCAGCUUCGACGUCCGCAACUCAACCAGAUGCCCUAUAAUAAUCCUCAGCAACGAUCGCGAGCCGAUCUCCAGCUGCACCAGACUCUCAACCCGGAGUGCGACCGCCUGCUGGCUGAGAUGGAUCAGAACGAGCGUGGCAGCAUCAACAAGGACGCCAACAAACCGUCCAUGUUCUGGUCACGCGAGUCGCUCAAGUACCUCGAUGAUCUUUUCAAGAUGACCUCCAAUAGGGACACCGUGGAGCGCCUGAACCGGGUGUUCCAGCGAUCGCAGCGUGGUCUGUUGUCGCACAACGAUUAUCGUGCUGUUAUUCGACUGCACUCCCUUUUGUGCAACUGAGGACUAGCCAUUGACUUGGGGGUUCUUCCUGGGGGUUCACUUUCAUUUUGUUUAACAAAUGCCAACAGAUUUCACAAUGGGUAUCUGAAAGAUAUUACCCAAAUACCGAAUAAAUACAUAACUGACUAUUUUCAAAA